AACCUUGUACAUGUCUCUCUCGGGUUUGAUUAGUUUCGGAGCGCCUUGGAUGCGUGUUGCUCUUCGGCUUUAGUCACAGCAUGUGAGGAAAAGGAUAUAUCUACUUCCGAGGCAUUUUGGGAAUAAAUCACUGGAGCGGAUAAAUAAGCCCAUCUUUUAAGGAAGAUGAAAAUGUAUUUUUGCCACAUACGUCUGCAGUAUUAAAUCAGUAAAGCCUGUGUAUAUGUGGGAAAAUACAAACACAAACAAUAUUCAUUCCAAGAAAUGAAACUGAAUAGGUGGAUUGGUUCACCUGUGUUUUUAAGUUGAUUGCAGUUACACAUCGUGGUGGAAAGAAAGAAAGAAAAAGGGAGCACUGGUUUGGAUCGGAUUAUUGCGUCUUUUCCUCACGGGUAAGGAGCAAGUUUGGGAUCAAAAGGUGUAUGUGCUUGUGCGCUCGUCCAUAAAGGUGGCGCUUCAUCAUUGUUCAACCGCUAAUGUUCACCCACAACCGGACUGUAAAAAAUACUUGGAAGUGGUAAGAUCUGGAAGGCAAAAUAAAAAUAAAAAGAUCGGAAAGGGGAAGAGGGAUCAUCUUGUCUGAUGCGCAUUUGAAGUGGACGUAGGGGGAAGAAGACAAACAAGAACGGGGACUUGCAAUUUCUUUUCUGCCUUGGCUGGACAUGUGCGGAUCUCGCAAUUUUCACAUUUGCACCGACAGCCGUUCCUCUUGCGUAUUGUUGAGAGCUCCCUCAUAAAGGUUUGACCAGUAGUGACAAGUUGAUGAAUGCAGGAAGGAAAAUCAAUACCAGUCUGCAUUACCCACUCGAAUAUCCGCCUUUUGAAUUAUAUUUGCUUCAUACCCGCCACCGCCUCCUCAAGUCACUUUAACAACAGCGGUAACAGAAGGCUCACUUUGAUUUGAGCACCGGUAACUAAAGGAGUCAAAGCAGAGAAACUGCACUUCAAUUCUGUUUUACCAACUUUUUCAAAUUUCAUUUUUAUUUAUAAUUGUUUUUAACAAAGUGACUUGAUUGGUUUGGCAACAGGAGAACCGAUCGAUGAAGGCACUGAAAUCAAAUCAACCAGAGGAUUGGACUUCAAUUUCGGCGAUCGCUGCAUAGAAGUGGUUUGGAUUAUUCGAGGUGUCUCCACUCCUCUGUCUACGUUUAUUAAUCGAGAUCACUCAGCGUUUCUAAUAUUUCUGGCAAAUCCAAAAUUUGUUUCAAGCAUUACUUGUGGGGGCUUUUGCCGCAGUGUUGUUAGAGCUCUCUGCAGAGUGUAGCCAGGUCUUUGGCUGCUGGCUAAGAUGUGUGCACUGCGGAGCUGGUACCUUGCGCUGGGGUUGCUACUCGCCACUGGAACUGCGGAGGGGCAGCCCUGCCCGGCCCAAUGCUCCUGCUCCGGGACUACCGUCGACUGCCACGGGCAAGGACUUCGCACUGUGCCGCGAAACAUCCCUAGGAAUACAGAGAGACUGGAUUUGAAUGCAAAUAAUCUCACUAGAAUCACAAAAACUGAUUUUGCUGGCUUGAGGCACCUCCGUGUUUUGCAACUUAUGGAAAACAAAAUCAGCAUUAUUGAGAGAGGAGCAUUCCAGGAUCUGAAAGAACUAGAGAGAUUACGUUUGAACAGGAAUAGUCUACAAGUAUUCCCAGAACUUCUUUUCCUGGGGACAACAAAGUUAUACAGACUAGAUCUAAGUGAGAAUCAGAUUCAAGGUAUACCAAGAAAGGCAUUCAGAGGUGCAGUUGAUAUAAAAAAUCUGCAACUGGAUUACAACCAGAUCAGCUGUAUCGAAGAUGGGGCAUUCAGAGCUCUGCGAGACCUGGAAGUGCUUACACUCAACAACAACAAUAUCACCCGUUUGUCCGUGGCAAGCUUCAACCAUAUGCCCAAACUCAGGACCUUCCGACUUCAUUCAAACAGUCUUCACUGUGACUGCCACAUGGCUUGGCUUUCGGACUGGCUGCGACAGCGACCCCGUGUUGGACUUUAUACUCAGUGCAUGGCACCCUCCCAUUUAAGAGGUCACAAUGUAGCUGAGGUUCAAAAGAAAGAGUUUACUUGCUUAGGUCAUCAAACAUCUGCAUCAUGCAGUGUGUUACAGUGUCCAGAUGCAUGUACAUGCAGCAACAACAUUGUAGACUGCCGAGGCAAGGGCCUUACAGAAAUACCAACCAACCUUCCAGAAACCAUCACUGAAAUUCGCUUGGAGCAAAAUGCAAUUAAGGUCAUCCCUCCUGGAGCUUUCUCACCAUACAAAAAACUGCGAAGAAUAGACUUGAGCAACAACCAGAUAUCUGAACUGGCACCAGAUGCUUUCCAAGGCUUACGUUCCCUCAACUCACUAGUGCUUUAUGGAAAUAAAAUUACAGAACUUCCUAAAGGGCUUUUUGAAGGACUCUUUGCACUUCAGUUACUACUUCUAAAUGCUAACAAAAUUAACUGUCUAAGAGUGGAUGCAUUUCAAGAUUUGCAUAACCUGAACCUGCUCUCCUUAUAUGACAACAAACUACAGACCAUUGCCAAAGGCACAUUUGCAUCUCUUCGGGCAAUUCAGACUCUGCACUUGGCUCAGAACCCAUUUAUCUGUGACUGCCAUCUGAAGUGGCUUGCUGAUUACCUUCAUGAAAAUCCAAUUGAGACAAGUGGUGCCCGCUGUACAAGCCCAAGGAGGCUGGCAAAUAAAAGGAUUGGGCAAAUCAAAAGCAAGAAAUUCCGAUGCUCAGCAAAGGAACAAUAUUUCAUUCCAGGAGUUCAUCAUUUUGGCUGCACAGAGGAUUACAGAUCAAAGCUUGGAGGUGAUUGCUUUGCAGAUCUGGCUUGCCCAGAAAAAUGCAGAUGUGAGGGAACAACAGUGGAUUGUUCAAACCAGAAGCUUACCAGAAUUCCAGAACACAUUCCACAGUACACAGCUGAGCUGCGUUUGAACAAUAAUGAAUUCACAGUCCUUGAAGCAACUGGGAUUUUUAAGAAGCUCCCUCAGCUCCGCAAAAUAAAUCUAAGCAGCAACAAAAUCACAGAUAUCGAAGAAGGAGCUUUUGAGGGAGCAACUGGAGUGAAUGAAUUAAUUUUAACCAGCAAUCGUCUAGAAAGUGUGCACUUUAGAAUGCUCAAGGGCCUUAAUGGACUGAGAACCCUGAUGCUGAGAAGCAAUCGAAUUAGCUGUGUUGGCAAUGACAGCUUCACUGGUCUGAGUUCAGUGCGUUUACUAUCCUUGUAUGACAACCAGAUAACCACCAUGGCACCUGGAGCUUUUGACACCCUCCAUUCACUUUCUACACUAAAUCUUUUGGCUAAUCCUUUCAACUGCAAUUGCCAUUUGGCUUGGUUGGGAGACUGGUUAAGAAAGAAGAGAAUUGUAACUGGGAAUCCACGGUGUCAGAAUCCUUACUUUUUGAAGGAGAUACCCAUUCAAGAUGUAGCAAUUCAGGAUUUCACCUGUGAUGAUGGUAAUGAUGACAACAGCUGUUCACCCCUUUCACGCUGCCCUAAUGAAUGUACUUGUCUAGAUACUGUAGUGCGUUGCAGUAACAAAGGACUCAAGGCUCUACCCAAGGGUAUCCCUAAAGAAGUUACUGAGCUCUAUUUGGAUGGAAACCAGUUCACCCAGGUUCCCAAGGAGCUGUCUAAUUACAAGCAUUUAUUACUCAUUGAUUUAAGUAACAACCACAUCAGUACUUUGUCCAAUCAGAGCUUCAGCAACAUGACUGAACUGCUUACCUUAAUUCUGAGCUACAACCGACUGAGAUGUAUUCCUGUUAAGGCAUUUGAUGGACUGAAGUCCCUUAGAUUGUUGUCUCUACAUGGUAAUGACAUCUCGGUUAUUCCUGAAGGAGCCUUUCAUGAUCUUUCGGCACUGUCACACCUAGCUCUUGGUGCCAAUCCCCUGUACUGUGACUGUAACAUGCAAUGGCUUUCUGACUGGGUGAAAUCAGGGUAUAAAGAACCCGGCAUUGCUCGUUGCACUGGACCUGGAGAAAUGACAGACAAACUAUUGCUCACUACUCCGUCUAAGAAAUUUACCUGUCAAGGGCCAGUGGACGUCAGCAUUCUCGCCAAAUGCAACCCUUGCCUGUCAAACCCUUGCAAAAAUGAUGGUACAUGCAACAAUGAUCCUGUAGAUUUCUACAGAUGUACAUGCCCGUAUGGAUUUAAGGGUCAGGAUUGCGACAUUCCUAUUCAUGCAUGUAUUAGCAACCCAUGUCAAAAUGGAGGAACAUGUGAUUUAAAGGAUGUGGAGAAGGAAGGAUUCUGGUGUACUUGUGCAGAUGGGUUUGAAGGUGAAUCUUGUCAGAUUAACAUUGAUGACUGUGAGGACAAUGAUUGUGAAAACAAUUCUACUUGUGUAGAUGGAAUCAAUAACUAUACAUGCCAGUGUCCACCUGAAUACACAGCUGCUAAUCAGAAUGAGGUGGAAAAAGGUGAAUUGUGUGAGGAAAAGCUAGAUUUCUGUGCCCCAGAACUGAACCCCUGUGAACAUGACUCCAAGUGCAUCCUGACACCUAAAGGAUACAAAUGUGAGUGCACACCAGGUUAUGUUGGUGAGAAAUGUGAUGUUGACUAUGAUGACUGCAAUGAAAAUAAAUGCAAAAAUGGAGCACAGUGUAUUGAUGCAAUAAAUGGAUAUACAUGUGUAUGUCCUGAAGGAUACAGUGGACUCUUCUGUGAAUUUCCUCCUCCAAUGGUUUUGCCACGUACAAGUCCUUGUGACAAUUUUGAAUGUCAAAAUGGAGCACAGUGUAUUUUUAAAGAUUCAGAACCAAACUGCCAGUGUUUACCAGGAUACCAAGGAGAAAAAUGUGACAAGCUUAUUAGUGUGAACUUUGUGAAUAAAGAGUCUUUUCUCCAGAUUCCAUCUCCAAAUAUCCACGCUCAGGCAAAUAUCACAUUACAGAUUGCUACAGAUGAAGAUAAUGGAAUUUUGCUUUACAAAGGUGACAAAGACCACAUUGCUGUUGAAUUAUACCGAGGACGAGUGCGUGUCAGUUAUGAUGCUGGCUCUAUUCCUUCCUCUGCCAUCUACAGUGCGGAGACAAUAAAUGAUGGGAAUUUUCAUGUUGUGGAACUGGUUGCUAUUGAUCAAACACUUUCGCUCUCCAUUGAUGGUGGAAGUCCUAAAAGCAUCACCACAUUGGCUAAGCAGUCAACACUUAGUGCUGACUCUCCUCUUUAUGUAGGAGGUAUGCCUGCUAAAACCAAUGUGGCAGCACUGCGUCAAGGCCCCGGACAAAAUGGUACUAGUUUCCAUGGUUGCAUUCGCAAUUUAUACAUUAAUGAUGAGCUUCAGGACUUCAACAGAGUACCAUUGCAGACAGGAAUCUUACCAGGCUGUGAACCUUGUCAGAAAAACCUUUGUGUACAUGGGACUUGCCAUACAACUGGCCAUUCUGGGUUUAGCUGUGAAUGUGAAGGGGGAUGGAUAGGACAAUUAUGUGACCAGCAAGCCAAUGACCCCUGCCUAGGAAACAAAUGUAUUCAUGGCACCUGCAUGCCCAUCAAUGCUUUUUCAUACAGUUGUAAGUGUCAACAAGGUUAUGGAGGAGUCCUGUGUGAUGAAGAAGAAGAGCUUUUCAACCCGUGUCAGUCCUUAAAGUGCAAGAAUGGAAAAUGCCGACUUUCUGGGCUUGGCAAGCCUUAUUGUGAAUGCAACAGUGGCUACACGGGAGACAGCUGUGACCGAGAAAUCUUCUGUCGAGGGGAACGAGUCAGAGAUAACUAUCAGAAACAACAAGGCUAUGCGGCGUGUCAGACGACCAAAAAGGUCUCACGAUUAGAAUGUCGAGGCAGUUGCUCCAAUGGGCAGUGCUGUGGACCCUUGAGGAGCAAACGACGGAAAUACACCUUUGAAUGCACCGACGGGUCUUCUUUUGUGGAGGAAGUUGAAAAAAUCAUCAAGUGUGGCUGUUCAAAAUGUCCUUCGUAAUUUCUUUUCCAUUCUUGUUCCCAUAAACAAAGUACCUUUUUCUCAUAACUGAACUAAUUAAUGCUUCCAUAGUGGAAAUAUUGAAAUAUAUUGUAAAAUACAGAACAAACUUAUUUUUUAUUAUCAAGGAAAAAAGAACAAAUUUGACUAUUUUCUGAAGUUGCAUAAAAGCAAUGAUCUGGGACAUUUUUAUUACAAAGAAGGAUAGAAUGUGCUUGCUUUGAAAUGAAGAGAAUAACUGGCACUACUGUUUGCAGCUUUUCCGCAACAUAUCACCUACUGUUACAUUAAAGUGAGAGACAGACAUAUCUGGAAGUUGAACAGUGAAAACAAAGGGCAAACUUGAACAGUAACAGAAGAAGAAUUAAAGCGGAACCUGUUCCAUAACUCUUGUCUCGAUUGUCUUCAGCGAUCAGUACUGAGAACAUCUACAAAUGAGUGGAUGACAAAGUCCAAAGAAAGAUUGUGUCCAAUAAGAUUUUGCAUUGAAAUUUGUCACAUUCUUUUUUAAACUUUGAUCUACAGAGGGGAUAAACUGCAGUAUAACCGAAUGCUUGAUGCAAAUGUGCAUUAAGUACACCUCAAGUUUUACUUGGAAGUCAAUGGUACAAUAACAGAAAAAAAAUAAGUAUUGAGCAGACCUCAUUUCCAGUAUUAAUUCUUUGUAAUAUAAAUGUUUGGCAGGGAGUCUUUUGGGUGGGAGAGGGCUGGUUUAUGAUAUAUAGUUUGUGGAUGUUUGAAUUAGUUACUUGGAUGAAAAGAAAACGUUUAUGUGUUUUUUUUUUUUGCUUUGGAUUUUUUGUGAUUUCUUAUCAGUCUGUCUGCACAGUAUUCAGAAUAUCACUGAUGAAUAUUUAUUGUAUCAAACAUACCUUUGCCUAACUGGUAGAUCUACCUUUAUAUUAUGGUUUGGUCUUUUAAUAUAUAUUAAUUUAUAUUUGUCCUGAUAUUUUUGUAUUUUUAAAAAGACUGAAAAAAAAUUAGAAUAGAUGAACUAACUUAGUUUAUCUGUUGGGUAAAAUGUAUUGUUUUAUUGGUUUCUCCUGCUCUGUAUUUGACCACUGAUGAGGAUGUACGUUACUGAAGAUAAAUUGAUAAUUCAGCUUAAAGUUGUUACAUCCAACAAAUCAUUGUAUAUUUUUGUCAAAUCUUCUGAGAAUUUGUAUUGUUCCAGGAACACGUCUUUUUACUAGACGAUGAUUGAAUAGAGGUGACUUUUCCCUGCAUAUUUUGCUGAAAUUAAAUGGUGAUUAGAACAUUACCCUAGACAAAUAGACCUCUUUAUACAAGUAUAUUUACGUUGGUUCCUUACCUUUUUAACAAAUUACUCUAAACUGUGACUUUUUCAGAUAAAACAAAAAGAAGAAAAAAAUAUUUGUUAUCCCAGUUUCCAAUGUUAACAUGUUGCUGCUAAAUUUGUAAUGUAGAGUUUGAUGAAAAUAUUUAGUGAGUUGUGCUCUUUCUACAUUAAAAAAGAGCACGCUGUAUAACAAAGAUUUGUUUCCUUGACUUUUUUAAGGGGAAGACGCUAGAUGUCUGUGUUAACACAAUGUGGUUUGCCUUACCUUGACUUAAAUCAGUAUUACUACUGAUGUUUGUAAAUUAAACAGGAUAUUUACUUUA